AUGACGGUUUUAAUUGAUAGAGAAAUCGUAAUAGAAAACUUGAGUUUCAAGGGCAUGUCGCGUUAUGCCAAACUUGUGAAGUCUCUUACACAGGAAGAAGUUUUGGAGAUGUUCACGGAGGUUAUUCCCGUGAAUAACAGACCUAAUUCACAUUCAAGUGCGUCUUCUACUUUGGAUGCUGGUGAUACUGUUUUUAAAGGACACGAUGAAGAGCAAAUUAAGUUAAUGAAUGAAAAUUGUAUUAUUCUAGAUUGGGAUGAUAAUAUGAUUGGUUCUGGUACAAAGAAGUUAUGCCAUCUAAUGGAGAAUAUUGAGAAGGGUCUUUUACACAGGGCUUUUUCGGUUUUCGUUUUUGAUGAGGAAGGUCGAUUGUUGUUACAACAGAGGGCGAGCGAGAAGAUCACGUUUCCGGACUUGUGGACAAAUACAUGUUGUUCACAUCCCCUUUGUGUGGAUGAUGAAAUUGGAGCCAAAGGUAAUUUGGAGGCCAAAGUUCAGGGCGCCAAGGUUGCUGCCGUUCGUAAGUUGGAGCAUGAGUUGGGAAUCCCCCCACUGGAGACGUUACAGAAGGGGAAGUUCCACUUUUUGAAUCGUAUUCAUUACAUGGCGCCAAGUAAUGGUCCGUGGGGAGAACACGAGAUUGAUUACAUAUUAUUUUAUAAGGUCGCCCCAAACGAGAAGAUCACCGUCCAACCCAAUCCUAACGAGGUGCGUGAUUGUGCGUGGGUGAACCAACAACAGUUGAAAGAAAUGUUUGCGGACAAGAACUUGAAGUUUACGCCGUGGUUCAAAUUAAUAUGCGAGAGUUACUUAUUUGAAUGGUGGGAGCAGCUGGAUGAUUUAUCAAAUGUAGAGAACGACUUCAGAAUACACAGGAUGGUAUAA